AUGCUGUGGCCUGCGUUGCGGAGGCUGCCAAAUGCCAGCUGCUUGCUACCAGCAAAACGACGCGGUUUCCGAAACUUCAGCGUCUCACGAGAGUCGAUGGAGUUUGAUCUCCUGGUCGUGGGAGCUGGCCCUGCUGGUUUGGCAGCCGCCAUUCGCGCUAAGCAGCGGGCAGAGGCCCUUGGACAAGAGCUCAACGUUUGUGUCGUCGAGAAAGGUGCUGAGGUGGGUGCUCACAUCUUGUCGGGAAAUGUCUUCGAACCACGAGCUCUGCAGGAGCUUCUGCCUGACUGGAAAGAACGAGGGGCUCCACUUGAUACGCCGGUGACCAGCGACUCCUUCUACUGGCUUCCCAAUGAAGACUUGGCAGUCCCGAUGCCCAAUCCCUUGCUGCACCUGGCGCCAGAGCUGCGGCAGGAGGGAAACUACAUCAUCUCUCUCGGCCAGCUGUGUCGUUGGCUGGGUGAACAAGCCGAGGGAAUGGGCGUGGAAAUCUACGCAGGUUUUUCGGCUGAUGCCCCUGUGUACACAGCAGAUGGCGCGGUGGCCGGUGUGCAGCUGCGAGAUGUGGGCAUUGGAAAGGAUGGCAAGGAAAAGGAUACCUUUGAACCAGGCAUGGAACUGCUUGCGAAGCAGACCAUCCUGGCUGAAGGCUGCAGAGGCUCCUUGAGUGAACAGAUCAUGAAGAAGUUCAAUCUGCGACAAGGUGUGUCGCCUCAGCACUAUGGCCUUGGUGUCAAGGAGGUGUGGGAAAUUCUCCCUGAAAACCACAGGGCGGGCACAGUGACUCACACAGUGGGUUGGCCCUUGGAUUUGAUGAGCUAUGGAGGUGGCUUCAUCUACCACAUGGAGCCGAACCUUCUUCAUAUAGGUAUGGUGGUUGGCCUUGACUAUUCCAAUCCUUACCUGAGUCCGUAUCAGGAGUUUCAGCGCUUCAAGACGCACCCACGCAUCAAAGCUCUGCUAGAGGGUGGUACUUGCAUCUCAUACGGUGCUCGCUGCCUCAAUGAGGGCGGCCUGCAAGCGGUGCCAAAGCUGACCUUCCCUGGCGGAAUGCUUGCAGGUUGCAGCGCAGGGUUUUUAAACGUCCCAAAGAUCAAGGGGAGCCACACAGCCAUGAAGACCGGCACAUUGGCCGGCGAAUGCGCAGCAGAUGCAGUGCUCGGUGGCUUCGAAGGACCGGAGGUGACGAAGUACGAAGAGGCAGUUCGGUCCUCCUGGGUCUGGGAAGAGCUGUCCCGAGUGCGGAACUUCAAACCAGCCUGGUCCUUGGGGAUGAUUCCAGGCCUUGGCUACGGUGGCAUGACGCUGAUGCUGAGUCGGGGCAAGGAACCAUGGACGUUUCGCUGGUCCAAGAAGGACUGCGAAUACACCAAGCCCGCCAAAGAAUGCGAGAAGAUCGAGUACCCCAAGCCUGACGGGGUCUACUCCUUUGACCUCUUGGAGAACCUUGCAAGAAGUGGGGUAAACCAUGAGCACGACCAGCCGGCCCAUUUGAAAGUCAAAGAAGAAUCUCAGCAUGUGCCGUUGGAGGUGUCUCUACCGACCUACGACGGACCGGAGGGACGCUUUUGCCCUGCCAAAGUCUACGAGUACGUUCCAGAUGAAGCAGAUGGCCGCAUGAAGUUGCAAAUCAAUGCGCAGAAUUGCGUCCAUUGCAAGUGCUGCUCCAUCAAGACACCUCAGGUAGAGAAGGUUGCUUGCACGUCGGCAUGGCCGGAAGCAACAGAGCUGAAAAGCGGGGCAAGCCGGCUCAAGCCAGAGCAAGCUGGUGCAA